CUGUCGCGCUUCAAUCCUGUCGCAAAGCAUCUCCCUCGACCCCACGACUCCCUCCAUCACCCUUUGUUGGACCACGCCGCCUCCGUCCCUCACACAACGAGAAGAGCAGACUCGAGCACGCAUGGGACCCCACCGAUCACAUCAAACGCCACGCUAAGCGAAGGGGCCGGCCAUGUCUAGUUAUGCACCUCCAAGUCAAAAUGGUUGGCCCACCCAGCGACAUUUCGACGCCCAACCCGGCCCAUCCUCACACUCGACUCUUCCCGGCCAUUCGCGCGGCAACGGUAGCAUCGGGGCCAAGGUAUCGGGCCUCUUCGCCCCCGAUCGAAGUCAAGAGUUGCCGAUGUACAAGGACAAACCCACGUCGUAUUGGGCGAAGACGGGGGGCCCGAGAGCGAGAGCGCCAUGGAUGCUGCAACGAAGAACAGUCGCGGUGGCGUUGACCACGCUGGCACUCCUCAGCUGGUGGUUUGGCAUCCUCUCACCCUUGCACUGGUUUGCGGGCGAUGGCAGAAAACCCCCAUCCGCCAAAACGUGGGCUGCAAGGGCGGAGCAGGUGCGCGACACGUUCAAAAUAUCCUUUGCGGGCUACGAAGCGAAUGCUUGGGGGUUUGACGAGUACCAUCCCGUCAGCAAGUCGGGGCGACAGAUGACGCAGACCGGCCUGGGAUGGAUCAUCGUCGACGCCCUGGACACGAUGAUGUUGAUGAACCUCACCACCGAGGUGGCGCAUGCACGUCAGUGGAUCCACGACCAUCUCGAUUACGACCAAGAUCACGAUGUGAAUACGUUUGAGAGCACCAUCCGUAUGCUCGGCGGCCUGCUGUCCGCUCAUUACUUGACCACCGAGUUCAAAGGUCUCUACGCGCCCGUCCACGAUGGGCUCAGCGAUGACAUGUACAUUGAAAAGGCGACCGAUCUCGCCGAUCGCCUUCUGGGUGCUUACACCUCCAAUUCCGGUGUGCCCUAUGCCAGCGUCAACCUGCACACUCGACAAGGCAUCCCCUCGCACACCGAUGGCGGCGCCUCUUCCACUGCCGAGGCCACUUCCGUCCAGCUGGAGAUGAAAUACUUGGCCAAAUUGACGGGCGAGGAUCUCUUUUGGGAGAAAUCCGAGGCCGUCAUGAAAGUCAUCGACGACAACAACCCACAAGCAGGUCUUGUCCCGAUAUUCAUCAGUGCCGAUCGGGGCACAUUCGUGGGCGAUAAUGUGCGACUCGGCAGCCGGGGCGACAGCUAUUACGAAUACCUCAUCAAGCAAUACUUCCAGACUUCCAAGGAAGAGCCGGUGUAUCAAGCCAUGUGGAAUGAUUCCCUGGCCGGCAUCAAAGACCACCUCAUCACGUACAGCUACCCCUCCAACUUUACCCUAAUCGCUGAACGGCCGUCAGGCUUGGGUGGGGGCCCCUCGGCGAAGAUGGACCACUUGGUCUGCUUCAUGCCCGGAACCCUUGCCCUCGCCACGACCGGCGGCCUGACCCUCGCAGAAGCUCGUAAGCAGCCGACGUGGACUCAGCAACAGGAAGACGACAUGAGGCUAGCAGAAGAGCUGACAAACACCUGCUGGGGCAUGUACAUGGCUACGGACACCGGGCUGGCCGGCGAAAUUACCCACUUUCACCUCCACAGUCCCCCACUCAUGUACAACGACUUCAACGCCAGACCCGAGCUGCGACCCCAUUGUCCGCCCGACUUUGACAAAAUCUACCCCGGCCACGACUUUGCUGGGCGUGACGACUACAUCAUCAAAGGCAUGGACGCGCACAACCUGCAGCGGCCCGAGACGGUGGAGAGCCUGUUCUACAUGUGGCGCAUCACUGGCGACCAGAAGUAUCGCGAGUGGGGAUGGAAGAUGUUCCAGAAUUUCGUGCGGUGGACGGAUGUCGGGGAUGGAUCGGGGUAUUCCAGCCUGAACAGCGUGCUGCAGAAGCCGCCGACUUUCCGGGAUAAUAUGGAGAGUUUCUGGCUGGCCGAAACGCUGAAAUACUUCUACCUCCUCUUCUCCUCCAACGACAUCCUCCCCCUCACCGACGUCGUCUUCAACACCGAAGCGCAUCCCUUUCCGCGAUUCCACCUGGGCAAGCUCUUCAAGACGGGCUGGCAGCGGAAGGCGCGCGACUCCAAUGGGAACUUCAUCCCAGAAGCACAGCAGGGAGCGACGGAGGUUACCACAGUCACGCAGACGCUGGAAAAGGAGCCGGGCGUGACGGCGACGACGACGGUCGAAAUCGCGGGGUUGGCGACUCCGCCAGCAGUUUAACGGCCUGCCCUUGUUGGCAUUUGAUACCCAGUGCGCGUCGAGUGACGGCCGGUAUGUUAUACCAUGUACAUCUAGUUCGUUCCGCGAAUGUUGUCGUUGCAUUUAGCAGGUUGGUAGUGCGAUUAUCGCUUGACGUUAUCAUCAGCUAGUUCGAUCAUGGCCCCCAGCGCUUAGUUAUCUGUGACCAAUCUUCAGUAGGGAUCAUAAGAGCUGCUCUGGAGAGAUGUAUAUUUGACGUAGUGCAUAUAACAAAAGGCGUCGGUUGUGAGAGUCAGCGCGGUAGGG